CCCCACACACACGAGUCGUGGAAAGAUGGCGGCGGAGAGCUCGGUACCCAGCGAUCUGUUCCAGCACAUAUAUUCAUUUUUAUUGGAGAAUAAAUUCUCAAAGGCAGCAAAGGAGUUCCUUAAACAGUCUAAAGUGAAACCCCAGGACCAAAAUGAAGAAAGCCUCGUUGACAUCUUCAAUUUCUGGGUGAAAUCACCUGAAGCGAAGAAGCGCAAGGCUGUUACUAAUGGUCCUGAGGCACCCAAUGGUCCUUCAGCCAAGAAGGCCAAGAAGGAUGCAGAGAGCUCCAGUGAGGAGGAAUCGAGUGAUGAAGAUGAGGCACCCCCAGUGAAAACACCACCUGCAGCUCCAGCCAAGCCUGCUGCAGCUAAGGCAGAGUCCAGCAGCAGCGAGGAUUCCAGCGACUCUGAGGAUGAAGCAGAUGCGAAAACUCCUGCAAAGAAAGCGGUUGCUGCUCCCUCUCCCGCCCCCACUGCGUCACCAGCUGUGGCGGGCCGGAAGAAGGACGCCAGCUCCAGCAGCGAAGAGUCUGACUCUGAAGAUGAAGCUCCAGCUAAGCCAGCAGCAGCUGCCCCUCCGAAGGCCGCGGCUGCUGCACCUAAGAAGAAACCGGAGAGCAGCAGCAGUGAGGACAGUUCCAGCGACUCUGAAGACGAGGAACCAGCUAAGGCCCCUGCUAAACCCGCAGCGCCAGUGAAGACCCCUCCUGCCAAGCCUGCCGCCCCAGCAGAGUCCAGCAGUGAGGACGAGUCCUCUUCAGACGAGGAGGCGGCCCCUCCCAGCAAGAAACCCAAAGCCGGGCAGUACAGUGCUGUACCUCCCCCGUCUGCUGUAAAGACUAACUCCACCCCAGCGGGGGGCAAGAAGGCCCCAGCAAAGGAGGAGUCCUCUGACAGCAGUGAGGAUAGUAGUGAUGAGGAGCAGGAGGAGAAGAAGGCACCUGCUGCUGCCACCAAGACACCUCCACCUAAGCCUGCUGCUGCUGCUGCCAAGAAAGAGGAGUCCAGUUCAGAUUCUGACUCCAGCUCUGAGGAUGAGGAAGAGCCAAAGGUUGCUGCUAAAGCGGCUCCAGCAGCAGCUGCCCCGGCAGCCAAAACCCCACCCGCUAAAGCCGCCCCUGCAGCUGAGGAAGAGUCCUCCUCCUCCAGCUCAGAGGACGAGGAAGAAGCUCCGAAAAAGCCUGCAGCCAAGGCUGCCGCCGCCCCAGUGAAGGCUCCUGCGGCUAAGGAGGACUCAUCGGACAGCUCCAGCUCAGAGGACGAGUCCGAGGACGAGGCUCCCUCCGCUAAGGCCACUCCGGCUAAGGCUGCUCCCGCUAAGACUACUCCAGCGAAGGCAGCAGCCCCAGCGGCAGAGGAAGACUCUUCAUCGUCCAGCUCUGAGGAUGAGGAGGAGGAAGCUCCAGCUAAAGCAACCCCUGCCAAGGCCUCGGCUAAGGCUGCUCCCGCUAAGACUACUCCAGCGAAGGCCGCAGCGGCAGAGGAAGACUCUUCAUCGUCCAGCUCUGAGGAUGAGGAGGAGGAAGCUCCAGCAGCUAAAGCAACCCCUGCCAAGGCCACUCCGGCUAAGGCUGCUCCCGCUAAGACUACUCCAGCGAAGGCCCCAGCUGCAGAGGAAGACUCUUCAUCGUCCAGCUCUGAGGAUGAGGAGGAGGAAGCUCCAGCAGCUAAGGCCACCCCUGCCAAGGCUACUCCGGCCAAGGCCACCCCAGCUAAAGCUCCUGCCCCUGCUGCUGCUGCAGAGGAGUCUUCCUCUUCUGACAGCUCGGAGGAUGAGGAAGAGGAGGCACCAGCUAAGACCACCCCAGCUAAGGCCACCUCAGCUAAAGCUGCACCAGCAAAGAAAGAGGAUUCAUCAAGUUCAGACUCUGACAGCUCUGAAGAUGAGGCCCCAGCUGUACCGGCAGCAGCUAAACCUCCAGCCAAGCCUGCAACAGUCCCAGCAGCAGCCGCCAAGGCAGCGGAGAGCAGCUCGGACUCGGACAGUGACAGUUCUGACGAAGAGGAACAGCCAGCGGCUAAGAAGCCUGCAGCAGCUGCUGCUGCUCCCCCACCCGUGAAGGCUGCCGCCCUACCCGCUAAAGCAGCAGAAAGCAGCUCGGACUCUGAUAGCGACAGCUCUGACGAGGAGGAGGAACCCGCUAAAUCAGCAGCAGCAGCUCCACCUGCGAAAGCUACGCCGGCCAAGGCAGCCGCUACACCUGCUAAAGCCACGGAAAGCAGCUCCGACAGCGACAGCUCCGACGAAGACGAGGAGCCGCCGGCCAAGAAGCCAGCAGCAGCCGCCGCAACCCCACCGGCAAAACCCACGCCUGCAAAGUCGGCUGCUCCACCGGCCAAAGUGGCCGCAGCGGAGAGCAGCUCCGAUUCUGACAGCUCGGACGAGGAGGACGAAGCCCCUGCUGCGAAGAAGCCAGCGACUCCUGCAGCGAAAACGCCACCCGCCCCCGCCGCGCCGAAGGCAGCCGCGGCAGAGUCCAGCAGCAGCGAGGAGGACAGUUCCAGCGACGAGGAGGAGGCAAAGGGCAAGCCUGCUGCUGCUGCUACUGCCAGCAAUGGAAAACCAGCGCCGGCAAAGACUCCUCCGGCCGCCGCCCCAGUAGCCAAAACCCCCGCCAACAAGGCGGAGUCCUCCUCCAGCGACGACAGCUCCGACGAGGAAGAGGCAGCGGCUAAGCCAGCGGCAGGAACUCCGGCCGCCAAAAGCACGCCUAAACCUGCAGCGACGCCCGCGGCCAAGGAGGAGAGCAGCUCGUCCGACAGCUCAUCUGAGGAUGAGGAAGAGGAGGCCAAGACGCCAAAGACGGCCGCCACUCCUAAGACCCCAGCAGUGACACCCAUCACUAAUGCCACAAAUGGUAAAAGGACAAGAGAAGAGGGAGAUGAGGAGGAGGAGGAAGAUGAAUCAGCAGCAAAGACGCCCCAAAUAAAAAAACUGAAGACCUCCACUCCCCACUCAUUUCCUAAGGUCAAUAAAAAGAAUGCCAGUGUUCCCUUCAGAAGAAUACGAGAAGAGGAGAUUGAAGUGGACCCUCGAUUGGCAGACAAUUCCUUUGAUGCAAAGAGCGGAGCUACUGGCGACUGGGGCCAGAAGGCCAAUAACGUGCUCAAAUUCACCAAAGGCAAGUCGUUCCGCCACGAGAAGACCAAGAAGAAGCGUGGCAGCUACGUGGGCGGCGCCAUCUCCACUGCUGUCCACUCCAUCAAGUUUGACAGUGACUGAAAGCCUCGCAGUUCCCCUCCCCCCCUCCCCUGGAUGUCUCGGUUGAACUCGGCUCCGCCCCCUACAGCUCUUAGCUAGGACUGUCUAAGUUGGCUGACCCCCACACCCCAACAAGACUUCUCCACCCGCAACCUUCUUCUCCUCCUCCCCCUCACUCUCCCCCAGCAAGCACCUCAAGCUGGUACGUGGCUAGCUGGUCUCACUCUUGCUCUGCAGUUUGACCGGUGAGGCAGGACCACUGCCGUGUAAUGGCGAGGUGGGCACGGGCAGUGCUGCAGUGGACAGGCUCCGAGGGCUGCUGGGCAGUAGUGCUUCCACGCAUGCAGGGUGUUUGGCCUUUCCGGUGACUUACCAGCUGGCUGCAGUAACGGCUCUUGCCCACCAGAUGGAGUCAGAAGGACACUUAAAGAUAGCGGUUUGAAUGAUGUUGUAUAGAUGGUUGGAUUUUUCUUUUCUUCUUUUUUUUCUUUCUUAAACGUAACUUAGCCCCUGGGAAUCUUGGAUAGUCUUGCUUGAAUGGAAAGAUUUAAUUUUAUACAAGUUUGUAAUGGAUGUUGGUUUGUGCUCAAUUUCAUUUCAAGGGUUAAUGUAUGUCAAUGUUUUUGCUUGUACAUUGAUUGUACUGUUUUGUCAGCAUUCUCAUUUUGGUUUGGUUAGAGAAUAUUUUACUACAAUGUGAAGAUCAGCUAACUGUGUUUCUGUUGAAGAUAAAACUAAUUUGUGUCUCAAUGACUACCCCACAGGAGCAAACUGUUUCUGUUUUACAUACUGUAUAUAUUUAUAAGUCUGCUUGCCUAUCAUGGGUAUAGUUGUAUUCACUGUACACCUCCAGAAGCCAUACGUUUGCUACACAUAGAUUUGACGACUAUAGCAGAGGUCAGUUCUUGGACACCAACUAACUACCCUGUACAAGCACAUCUUGAUAAUGAGCCAUCCCCUUACUAUGGACCUACUAAGCCUUUUUAUUUCGAUACACACUAUUUUACUGACAACUACAGUGUUGUAUUAUCUCUUACUUUCUCUUGCUAGUCAUCAUCAAUUAAAGGCGAAAGAAAGAAACUUCA